UAUGUCCUCUUGCGGUUUAUAUUUUUUGUACUUUUCUUUCGAAUUCAAAGAAAAAUAUCGUAUAAACCGCGAAUUUUCUUAUUAUCGGAGCUUUUCUUUAUACUUUAUUAAUUAAUUUAUUAAAAAAUUGUAGAAGUAGCUCAUACUCGUAAUGUUACGACAUGGAAUUGCGCUUAUAUUUCAAGCGCUCGAUUAAAUGAGAUAAUUUGGUAUUGUGUAAAUUAUGAUUAGCGGGAAAAUAAUUACUUAUUGAAUCAUUCUCAACCGUAAAGGUACAGUAUUUAUGAGUCAGAGAUAUAUUACUUUACUCUUUGGUCAGAGAUGACAUCGUCUCAUUAAAACAUACACCUAGUAACAAGUUUUAUUUGAAUUAUAAUUGCGUGUACAUAAAAAGUGUGUAAACUGCGAUGGAUACUUUCAACACGAUCGUGGAGUUCCUGAAUGACUUCGUAUUUUAUGUUCAAAUGAAAUGGAACCAGACAAAUCGGUUUUUACGAGCACUCUUCUUAGUACUGGUGUUUGAGCUUCAAAUCUACCCUACGAGGAAGCUAGGGUUCCGUUGCAAUGACUCAUCACUAUCAUACCCGUUCUACGGAGACACAAUCAGUUGGAAAUGGUUACUGGCCGUUUGUUCUUUGGCACCGUUACUCGUUAUGUUGAUAGUAGAACAAGUAUGCCAAGACAAAGAAAAGGCGAGAAAGCGAUCGCUGAGGUGGUUCAGGGAGUACAUGUUUGGAUAUCUAGUGAACCUAGCAUUUGUGCAAUUCCUUAAGACCAUGAUGGGAUGCCCAAGACCACAUUUCUUUCAUACAUGUCUGCCUAAAGAAGCUCUUACGUGUAAAGAGUCAGAGUUUGUUACCAAGUACACAUGCACGAAGACAAAUUCAGACUGGCUGUACCAGUCGGACCGCAGCUUCCCAUCUGGGCACACCUCGCUGGCCGUUCAUUCAGCUUUAUUCAUCAUUUACUACCUCCACCGUCGGGUACCGAACGCGGCACAUUCAAUCAUAGUGAAGAUACUACAAACCAUUACUUUAGCCGUAGCGGUGUGGUGCGGUGUGUCUCGCAUUAUGGACCGGCGACAUCACAAAGGUGACGUCAUGGUGGGCGCGCUCAUUGGGUUCGCAGUGCUUGUCUACACGACUCACACUUUAUGCAAUAAAUUCAAGUGUCGAAGUGAUCCGCCUACGAAUGACGACGAAGGGGAAAUACCUUUAGAAUAGAAAAAAAUAUAUAAUAUAAGAGAAAUAUUUUAUGUAAAUGAAUGAUAUUCUUACCUAUAAUAGGUACGCCUGGCUCUAUUGUAUUAUUAUUAUUUGUCUAUUGAGAAGGCUCGAAGGCAGCCCGAAUGGCCACUGCGAUCUAGCUAGAUCUAUUGUGGCUGGCUCUAUUACAUACACUACUCUAUUUCAAAGGAUCCUAUAUUGCAAUCGCUUUAGUGGAGAGCGUAACCUGUUAUCUAAGUAGUUAUUUUUUUAUCCAGGAUGUUAGUGACACCGUAACGAAAACUUGGGGAAAAACUCAGACCAUGAUUCUAAGUUGAUAUCUAGUGGAAUUUCCUGUUUAAAAUAAUUUUCAGUUCCAUGUUGUGCUUUAAGCCGCGUAGAACCCAAACUUAAAAUAAAAAUGUCAAAUUAUUGAAACAAUCAAUUCCAGCCACCAUCGCGACGCAGCAAUAACUCAAAAUCUUAAACAUUUCCGACAAGAAAAACAACUACCCUCGUUUUUAGUACAGUCAUGAGCAAUAUAAUGUACCCACUUUAGGACUGUGUCGCACUAUUAUUUGACAUUAAAUGAGACUUACAGUUCAAUUUGUCAAAAAAGUUAAUGUGACAUGGUACCAAGGUGUAUACAUAAUAUUAAUGCUCGUGACCGUACAAUCAAGUACACAUUAAUUUUUUUUUCUUUACUGUGUCCCUAACACCUCGUAAAGGGGUUCUUACAUCUACCUGUCCGACAGGCUAGAGGCGUCAAGGUCUCGGUGGUUGCAAUGGUUGCUCCCAACCAACUCCCGUUUCCCGAUCAGUCGUUCAAUCGGCUUGCCGAACUUCAUGUGACGUCACCAAUCGGGGAUCGCCAUCUUGGCUGCUUACGCGGUACGACAGAAUCAAAUCGAUGUUCGAUUUGCUCCAAUCUGAAUCGGCUUCGUCUUAGCCGGGCCCCUGAUCGUGUAAUCUAAUAGCAAAUCGGCGGGUCGUUACCAUGGUAACCACGAUCUCGAGCGAGUUGGAGUAACCAUGGUAACACCCGUGACCUUGACUCAUCUAGCCAGGCAGGUAGGUGUAAUAAGCCCUUAUACUAAGUGUAUCUGUCUGUGUUAAAAAGUUAGUGUGCGCUCUCCUAGUGAGAUGGCUGGUG